AUGCCGCAGAGAUCGGCCAGUACCCGCACUGGGCUGGAGGAUCAAGAAGAGGGCGAUCUAAGUCGGUACUUCAAUUCAGCCAUGAAGAAGUACGAGGCGGAUCAACGUACAGCUCAGCGAAUGAAUCGACAGCCAAACCGCUACCCAGAUCGACGUACUUUGCUCCAACCUUCACACGAAAGCCUUGACAUGCCGGAUGUGGAGAUGGAGUCGGUGGGGUCGGACAUUUACCAACAUAUCCAUGAGGCGGCGGAAUACGACCCGGAUGAUCUAUGGAUGCCCGAACCACGGCGCCCUCAUGUAGCCGCGACCGGUGCGACUACCGGAGGGGGAAGCAUCACGCAGAGGAUCAGAAUCUCAGCGAUUUCUGAGCUGAAAGAAUUCUCAGGGAAGGAUCGGGAAGAAGACAAAGCACGGACCUGGAUCGGCAAAGUGAAAUCAGCGUUUAUCAGGGACCAAGCACCGGGCGAGGAGAGAUGUCUGGUCUUCGGUGAUCUCAUGGUGGGCCCAGCCCGCUACUGGUAUCGACAGCUGAGUAGAUCGACGAGAUUCAAUUGGAAAGAAUUGAUGAACAGUUUUCUUGUGGAGUAUGCGGGACACGGGAUGUCCGCGAGCAGGCAGUACUACCAUGCAGAGAAACGAUCGGAGGAAGAUCCUUUACAGUACCUGUAUCGGCUUAAUGUGAUGGGAAUGCAGGCGAAGAUACCGGUGAUGACUGGAUUGCCAGCUGCGCGCAAGGAACAUGUCAAUCAUUUCAUUGACACCUUGGACGACCCCGAUCUGUCCAAUCAAUUGCUACUGCUGAAUGUAGAAGACGCGGGAGCCAUGCAAAAGACACUGCACGGUUAUCAACAAGGGAGAUCGCGUCAAGGGAAAGUGAUGAUGGGAUCGUCCAAAUUCAGGCAGAAGGGAACUCAGGGUCCAGCGCUGUCUAAGCCUGCACGAGCGGUAAGGAUGGUCCGUACCGAGGACGUCUGCAGCGAGUCAGGAUUGGACACCUGCGGAUCGGAUUUGGAAGAUCGAUUGAGAUCGAUCCAUGUGGCUGCUACUGCGGAUCGCCGUUCAUCCCCCAAUGACGUUGCAGCAAACGCGAGAUCGGUCGACCCGAACACUCGUCAAGACUAUCAAGAUCGCAAUAUGCCAUUGAAGCCGUGUACUCAUUGCGGAUCGACCAAGCAUGGAGAUCUCGGUUGCUGGAAGCGGCUCACUUGCCAGAAGUGUGGGCGUAAAGGACACCCCUCUGACAAUUGUUUUUUCGUGUGUCGUGCUUGCGGUGAGAUGCACGACCCGGGGAAGUGUCCCAUGGAGGAGUUCUACAACAUGAUCCGUCAGUGGUACGUCCCGAAUAAGCAUGCGGGGAUGCUACCAGAGAAGGCCGAGAAGAUGUUAAACUAG